AUGGCGUUACGGAAUCUUGCCACGGCGGCAUUCGCCGGCCUCAUCCCAAGCGCUUCUGCGCUAUACAUCAAUGGCUCGGUCACGGCACCGUGCGACUCGCCGCUAUAUUGCCAGGGAGAAAUCCUCAAGGCCAUUGAGCUGGCCCGGCCGUUCUCAGACUCCAAGACAUUCGUGGAUAUGCCCACGAUCAAACCGCUAGACGAAGUGAUUGCAGCCUUUAACCGGCUGAGCCAGCCAUUGUCCAACAACUCGGAUCUCACUGCCUUCCUGGCUGAAAACUUCGCGCCGGCCGGCGGCGAGCUCGAGGAGGUGCCUAUCAGCGAGCUUGAGACGGACCCGAGCUUCCUUGACAAGCUUGAAGAUGUCACCAUUAAAGAGUUCGUCGGGAAGGUGAUUGACAUCUGGCCCGACCUGACCAGGCGUUAUGCCGGCCCGGGCAAUUGCUCCCAGUGCGCCAAUAGCUUUAUCCCAGUGAAUCACACGUUCGUUGUGGCUGGUGGUCGUUUCCGCGAGCCUUAUUACUGGGACUCGUACUGGAUUCUCGAGGGCCUGCUGCGCACAGGCGGCGCGUUCACCCAGAUUUCGAAGAACAUGAUUGAAAACUUCCUCGAUUUUGUGGACACCAUUGGCUUUAUUCCCAAUGGCGCCAGGAUCUACUACCUGAACAGCAUUUUGGAGAGGGCCCUGCCGCUUCUGGUCAAGGAGUACGAGUUCUGGUCAAACAACCGAACCGUAUCUAUCACGGCCGCCGACGGCAAGGAAUACACCUUGAAUAGAUAUGCCGUCGAAAACAACCAACCGCGCCCGGAAUCGUACCGGGAAGACUACGUCACGGCUAACAACGGGUCCUACUAUGCGGCAUCAGGCAUUAUAUACCCAGUCAAGACCCCUCUCAACGAGAGUGAGAAGGCCGAGCUGUACUCCAACCUGGCCAGCGGUGCCGAGUCUGGCUGGGACUACACGGCCCGGUGGCUCAAGACGCCCAACGACGCGGCGAGAGAUGUCUACUUCCCGCUCCGCUCGCUCAACGUCCGCAACAUGGUUUCCGUCGACCUCAACUCGAUCCUCUACCAAAACGAGGUUGAUCAUCUCCGAUGGAAACACCACGCACUGGUCCUUACUUCGACUUCAACCUUCACCGAACAUUUCGCAGCCGCAUCUUCGUCCCUGAGGAUGCGGACGCGGCGCCCAGCAAACCAGACCGCCGCCCAGCCCGGCCAGCAAGUCCUGUUCGACAUCGCGCAGCUCUACCCCUUCUGGACGGGUGCAGCCCCGGCCAGCCUCAAGGCUAAUCCGCUCGCGGUGCAGAACGCCUACGCGCGCGUGGCGCGCAUGCUCGACACAAAGGCCGGCGCCAUCCCCGAGACCAACAUCAGAACGAGAAAACAAUGGGACCAGCCAAACGUGUGGCCACCACUCCAACACGUGCUGAUGAAGGGCCUGCUGAACACGCCAGCAACUUUCGGCACGGAGGACCCCGCCUACCAAAACACGCAGGACCUCGCGCUGCGGCUCGCCCAGCGCUACCUGGACUCGACCUUCUGCACGUGGUACGCGACGGGCGGCUCGACCAGCGAGACACCGCAGCUGCAGGGCGUGCGCCCGGGGGCCACGGGCACCAUGUUUGAGAAGUACGCCGACGACGCUACCAACGUCGCCGGCGGCGGCGGCGAGUACGAGGUCGUCGAGGGCUUUGGCUGGACCAACGGCGUGCUGAUCUGGGCUGCCGACGUCUUUGCCGACCGCCUCACCCGCCCGGACUGCGGCAACAUCACCGCCGCCCAUACCCACUCGAGUGAGAGCGGGCCGUGGGAGCGGAGUCGAAUGCUGCUGAGGGGUCCGGCGUGGGAGGAGUGCGGUGGAGUUGGAUCCGUGGGAUGCCAGCGUGGGAGGAAGAUGCUUGGGCGGAGGAAGUCGAAACUAGAGAGAGUGAGAUUAGAAAGGCCUGGGUGGUGA